CAAAUCAAAUUAUGUUUAAUAAAAUGAAAUUAAUCCUCCCAUUUAUAUCAUUUUUUGCUUUUAUCUGCUUCAAUAAUGGGAUGGUUCAUAACAAUUUGGGUGAUUUUAACAAUGAAUUUUGGCGAGCUGAUGGAAAUAAUACACAAAAUCAAAAAUGUCAAGCUACUAAACCAUGCUUUAGCGAUAAUGAUUGUCAAACUAAUGGAACUUGUGUGGGUAAUAGAAUAUGCGAGUGCACGUGUGGAGAGAAUGCACCAUGUACUGUUCCAUCAAUUUCGUUUUUGGUUGAAACUCUCAAUGGUAGUCCUCAAAGUAAAUGUGGCGGUCUUAAAAAUGCUUGUAACGAGACGACAAAUAAAUGUGAAUGUGAGAAGGCUUAUAAACUAGCAGGGUUCGCCAACUUAACUGAUGCAAUAGAACGUAUCUGUGCCCCGGCUAAAAGUUGCGCAAGUAAUGAUGAUUGCCAGGGAAUGACUUGUCUUCCUGGCACCUGCCACUGUCCAAUUGCAUAA